AAACAAGUGAAAAAGUAUUACUUUUUGUAUUUAGCAACAUCUAAAGCUACUACAACAUGGCUCUUGUGAAACCGAAGUCGGAGCUGACACCCGAGGAGCUGGCCCGCCAGGAGGAAGAGGAGUUCAACACCGGACCCCUGUCCGUGCUCACACAGUCCGUGAAGAACAACACGCAAGUGCUCAUCAAUUGCCGCAAUAACAAGAAGCUGCUGGGCCGCGUGAAGGCCUUCGACCGCCAUUGCAACAUGGUGCUGGAGAACGUCAAGGAGAUGUGGACGGAGCUGCCGCGAACGGGCAAGGGCAAAAAGAAGGUGAAGCCCGUCAACAAAGAUCGCUUCAUCUCGAAAAUGUUUCUGCGCGGCGACUCUGUGAUCCUGGUGCUGCGAAAUCCCCUGGCCACAGCAGCUGGUAAAUAGACUGCACUUUCACCAAAACCCAAAACACGAAUAGAAUACUUUCCACUGAAGUCAAUAAAACCAAAAGCGAUUUUCUAUAAUUAAA